CAUGACUUCAAACUUCUCCGCGGCGAAACACAAACAACCAUGCACGCAACUCGUGUACAGAAGAUUUAAUGCCGUUCGUUUCUUUUGUCACAUAAUGGAAUAUCAUUUUCCUUGCUGUUGGAAAAACUGACCCAAGCAUGGAGCUAGGAAAAGCCAAGCUUCUGAGAACAGGGUUGAACACCCUUCACCAAGCCAUUCAUCCGGUGCAUGGAAUAGCCUGGACGGAUGGUAAACAGGUCUGUCUCACGACCUUGUAUUCUGUUGAAGGUGAGCCCAAGUUUGGCGACACAAAUGUCAUCGGACAGUUUGAACACGUUUUGGGACUCUGCUGGGGUCCCCUGUGCUGCUCCGGUUCCCCAGGCUUGCUUGCCGUACAGCAUAAAAAGCACAUUACGGUGUGGCAACUUCAGUUAAGUACCUCGGAACAGAACAAGCUACUGUGCACGCAGACCUGCGAGAUGAGCGAGCCAUUCCCGCUGUUGUCCCAGGGAUGUGUCUGGCAUCCAAAAAUGGACAUCUUAGCUGUUUUGACCAAGCGGGACGCCUCUGUUCUGUUUUCGGUGCGGGUUGAUAAUCGUCGGGUGAAGGCUGACAUCAAGGGCGGAGGUUUGAUACACUGUGCUUGUUGGACUAAAGAUGGAACCCGAUUGGUCGUUGCCAUCAGCAGUGCGCUGCACUCAUACAUUUGGAAUGAUAUUCAAAAAAGCCUGGUGGCUUGUUCCUUCUGCCCCAUUUUUGACAUAGGGGGAAAUAUCUGUGCCAUCGAGUCCACCGACGAGGCGCAAGUUGCCGUAGCGACAGAACUACCCCUUGAUAAAAUCUGCAGACUCAAUGCAGGCAUCGCCUUUGACUUGUCAAACGACUCUGAAUCGUCAUCAUCUCGGCCAGCUUCCGUUCUUGCGGUGGAUGCUGACUGUUAUUUAGACUCAAGAAGGAGAUCAUGCGAUUCGGAUCGCUCUGGACGUGCCUCAUUUUCCGGACCCAUAGAUCUAACGCACAUUCUCUCCAAACACCGAAAAUCGGAUCCAAGCCCCCUCAUUCACCUGAGGCGGCGAGAUCAUUUGACCGGAUCGGGCCAGGACUCAUCCCAUCUGAUCUUGGUGACGUACGAACGCAAGGUCACCACCACGAGGAAAGUCAGCAUCCCUGGGAUCUUGGUUCCUGACAUAAUUGCCUUUGAUCCCAGCGCAAAAACCGUUGCAGUAGCAUCAAACACUUGCAACAUGAUUCUGGUUUAUUGCAUCACAGAUUCCUCCAUGCCCAACGUCCAACAGAUUCAACUGCAAAAUAAUGAGAGGCCCAAAGGGGUGUGCUUCUUCACCAGCAAGAUGUUGCUGUUUAUGAUUGGCCGGCAGAAGUCCAAUGAUCCUGCUUUCCUCCCCUCCUCCAACACGGACAAGUACAUCUUGAAGCUGGUAGUUAAAGAGUUGGUAUUCGACGAGGACUCCACCACCCCGGUUGUUCUGAAACCAGAGUCACCGAGCCAACAUCAUGGGAUUAGACGUCAUUCUGAGAACAUCUCCAAAGAUGAACGUUUACCAAUUAGAGAUCUAAUUCUUCCAGGUGGCUCUGCAAUUGUUUCACCAAUCAGCCGAAGGAAACUCAUCGAGGAGGUUCGCAGCUCAGAGCUGAGUCCUGUGGCAAGCUCGGCGGACUUCUCGGACAGAACUACAUCUAGUGCCUCAUCGAUCACUGUGGAAAGCUACGACAUGGAUCACGUCAGCCGCAUGACCGCGUUAGCGAUAGCCGGCCAAGCCAGCCGCGAUUCCAGUGGACUGUGUUCGCCCAGGUACGAGGCCUCUGAGAAAUUGUUCUCCGAUGCCACGUCACAGAAGAACAGCUGUCAGUCAAAAGAGAAGAACCUGGAGCAGCUCACGCAGAACAUGGAGAGGAUCUUCGGCCGCUUCGCUGAGGUUCAGCAGUGCCUCUCGGACAUCAGAGACUUCACGCAAAAUGGCAAGAAGUUGGCGUGCAGUUAUCCAUCUGCUUAUGAACCGCAGUAUGUGCACGUUACAUGUCAGAAACAGUUGUCAGAGAACGUUUAUACAGACGAGAGAAGGCCCGUCUUGUUGUGUGGAGGAAAGAUCUGUCUCCGGGUCCUCCAGGAGCUCUUCAGCCUGACGGUUGUGGAGAUGAUGCAUGGUCACAUGUGGCUCGUCUUGGUGUCUGAUGCAGAUGGUUUUGUUCCACUUAUAUUUAAACACAAGGACGAGCUUACCAUUAGAAAUGCAAAGAGGAAAUCUCCUAUAGGACCACCCAGUGAUGAUUUACCCCCCGAAAGUCCACAAUCUCCCAGUUCAGAAACAUAACAAUAAUAUAUCAUCUCAUUUGAACUUAACUUGAUAUUGGUGACUGACGCCAAGGAAUAUUCAGGGAAUAUUAUUUUUAACUUUGCUCUUUACCGGAUGUUGGUACCUUUGUGAUAUGUGACCGUUGUAUAUGGAAAGCAAGGACAGUAAUAGAUUUCAGAAAAAGUAUUUGAGUGCCUGUUUGAUUAUUAUGCUCAAAAGUUGUCCCAUAUUUUACCGGGACUGUAAUGUGUGACCCUGGACCACAAAACCAGUCAUAAGUAUCAUGGGUAUAUUUGUAGCAAUAGUUAAAAAUACAUUGUUUGGGUCAAAAUUAUCGAUUGUUUCAUGCCAAAAAUCAUUAGGAUAUAAGGUAAAGAUCAUGUUCCAUAAAGAUAUUUUUUCAAUAUCCUACCGUAAAUAUAUCAAAAAAUAUGUAUUUAUUUAUUUAUUUAGAAAAGGGACAGUGUACAUUAAUUAACAUUCAUAAAUGUACCCAAAUUAGCCCUAGGGCUAGUUUUCAUUGGUAGUCCCUUUGCCAGAUGUUAUUAUGCUCCAAACAAAAAAAACUGGUAAAACAUUACAACAAUCAUAAAACUAAAAUUAAUGAAAACCUCUUUGAAAUACAAA